AACAAGUGGGCACUUACUACCUCCUGCAUGGGGGAGGAGUAAAGGAUACAUUUCCAAGAAACCAGAAUUCUCUGGUAAAUGUGGCAGCCCACUGCACACAUCUCCAGACUAUAUAAAGGUGAAGGGUACCGUGUAAACAGCGGUUCUAAGCAGAGGGCAGAAAGUAGACGCUCAUCAUGGACUGUCUAACAGUCAUCUUUGCUUCAGCUAUACUCUUUGCCUCUUUACUGCCUGAAGGUGACUGCAUCACAGGAGGUAAGGAGGCAGCCCCCCACUCUCGCCCCUACAUGGCCUCCUUGCAGCUGCAGGGCAAGCACGAGUGUGGUGCCUUCCUGAUCUCCAGUCAGUGGCUCAUGACUGCGGCGCAUUGCUUCAAGGACAACCCGGCUUUUAAAGUAGUCUUGGGUGCUCAUUCUCUGUCUCAGCCAGAGGACUCCAAACAAACCUUUGACAUCGCUGCCGUUUAUAACCAUCCUGAUUUCAACAAAGAGAAUUAUGAUAAUGACAUCACCCUGGUCAAGCUAAAUCAACCGGUCACAGAGACUUAUGCAGUGAAGCCACUGAAGUUCCAGCGAGCAGGAGGGAUUGAUCCUGAGGAGGGGGAGACCGUGGACAGUGCUGGCUGGGGCUCCAACUUCCUGGGCACACGACCGGACAAACUGCAUGAGGUGACCGUUGCUGUCAUUGAGAGAUACCUCUGUGAACGAAGCGACUACUAUGGGCCAGCGUUCACCAGCAACAUGAUCUGUGCUGCCAAACCUAAAAUGGACACCUGCGAUGGAGACUCUGGGGGUCCCCUUCUUUACAAUGGCAUUGCCGUGGGGAUAACCUCAAACGGAGCCAAGAGAUGUGGGGCCAGAAAGAAGCCUGGACUCUACACUAUCAUAUCACACUAUGAUUCCUGGAUCACCCGUACUAUGGCCCAGUAGUAUAUGAACAGACACUAAAGAUUGAAGCAAGCUGUUUUCUUAUUAUACUAUUGCAUGUUCUAUUCUUCAUGCUUGGGAACCUAAACACAUUGUUCUAGAACAAGUUGUAAUGCUACUUUCUGUAAUGUUCUUUCUCAGACGUGUUGCUGUUCUGCAUUCGUUUGUUGCUUUUGUGAAAUGGACCAUCAUUCCUAUUAAAAUAAAUAUUUACAAAUGUGCAAUCAUG